AUGUCACGCGCUUCUAUCUCUACAAAUUAUUCGGAACGAAAUUUUUCAGUGAUGUUAUUCUUUGAUCAGUCAGAAGAAUGGAGCCUCUUGAACUUUCUAAAGUACCUUGACUCGAUAAAGAGUUUGCGCGACAGCUCUGAACCACACCGCAAAUAUGGAAUAAUUCUGAACGGAAUUAAGAAUGAUAAAAAUGUGUCGCAGAAAAAAGGGAAAGAGCUGAACAAGCACUGUCAACAUACGAGGGAAGUCGAGUCCGAAAUACCGCCGUCGAGUCGGAGGGAUGAAAAGCGUUCUUCAGAGGUCCGAGAAUUUUGGCAAGAGAAAAAUCAAAUUUCACUUAGGGAAAAGACUAUAAAAAGCACUGAAAGAAUGAUCGACCAUAUUAAUACAAUACAAGACGAAGCAAGCGAUAUUUUAGUUCUCGGCAAGAGGGAUAAUCUAAGACAAUUAAAAUCAGACCUUGGAGUUGGCAAUAAUACUGAAGAUGGUAGACUUACGAAAUCCCCUUAUGAAGACCAAGAGUCCGAUGAUGAUUUCAUGUCUGUCCGUCAACCAAAGCGGAAUAAGCAGUUAUCUCUUCCGAAAAAGGCCAAAACCACGAAGAAAAUGCCAUCAUCAUCAACAGGAGUAGUACAAAGAGGGACACUAGGAGAAGCAAUAACCUCACCAGAACCAUCAUUAUCGAGUUCAGAAAAUGUAGGGUCUAGCUCAGAAAUGACGACUAGUGGUACAGACGAAGCUAAUAGCUCUGGGUACAAUAGACCACACACUCCUCCUCAUCAAAUUGAUAGAAAUAAAUACAACCAAGAAUUAUCGAUCAAUGAAAAUAUUCUAAUAAUGUCUGCUAAAAACUUAGCGAAUCUAGAUGAAUCCAAGCAGUAUCUCGGCGAAUUUAUUCCUCUUUUUGUAAAAUAUAAAGAAUCAGAAGAAAUUAAUACAUAUUCUUGUGCUAACGAUGACGUAAUGGAUAUUCGAGGAGAAAGUGGUUUUGCGAAAUUUUUGUCAAUCGAUCAAUUUAUAAAAUUACUAUCAAAAAAACCAAGCAGAAAAGUUAAAUUACCGGAAGACUGGCGUAAUAUUAUUGAAGAAUAUUAUAAGGAGUUGAAUGUUGUAAAAAAGGAUGAUACUGAGGAGAUGACAAAACUUAAGGAUUAUUUAAAUCGAGUUAUGCUUCCAUUAAUUGAGUCAUUCGCAAAACCUAUUCCCGAUGUUAAUGCAUCUAAUAUUAAUGAACACCAUUACUGGGCUGAAUUUGGCCAUCGUUUCUUUUCAAGAGCGUUACAAGAAUUUGUAGAUCUUGAUUGGAGGAUCAUGGAAGUCCCUGUACUGGCUUCGAAAUAUAGAAAAAAUUACGGACAUGAUCAUGCUAUAGACAAA